AUGUCGAAGAUCAUUCACAAAUUGGAGGAAAAAAUAAAGGAAAAGGUGGAGAAGAAGCUCCAUCUUGGGCACAAGGAGGAUGGCGGGAAGCAUCACGAAGACGAGAAGGAAAAUCCACAAGAAGAAUAUUCGAGUGGCCACCUGAAGGAGUUCAUGCACAAAAUGAAGGGCAAGAUGGGAAAUGGCCGUAGGCACUAUAAAUUCGGACAAGCGUACAAUGAGGGUGAGGAAGAUGAAGGAGAAGGAGAAGGAGAAUUAGAAUUAGAAGAGGAAGAAUUCGAGGGGGAGGAAGAAGGUGGAUUUGAAUUUGAAAUUGACUUCGAUUUUUAG